GUUUUGUUUGUUUGUUUGUUUUGUUUUUGUGACAGUUUUUCUGUGUAGCUCUGCCUGUCCUGGAACUCACUCUGUAGACCAAGGCUGGCUUCGAACUCAGCGAUCCGCCUGCCUCUGCCCCGCAACUGCUGGAUUAAAAGGCGUGCGCUACCACCGCUGGGCUUAACAUUUGUCUUAAUAGUUAACACUGUCGUGAUUGCAGCCCUGUCAGAGUCUCCUCACACUGGUUACCCACAGACCUAUAACUCCUCUGCGCAUAUGCCUAAGUGGCGGCCUUGCUCCUCCUCCUCAGCCGAAAAGCGGUCGGAUCCUAACCAUAAUUUAGCAGGCUGGGUCCUGCCCCGCCACUCUGUGCGUCAGGGAAGGUUGGGGCGCCUGGGCACACACACCCAAGACUCCGAGGCGCUCAGAGACCGCCUCUGCGCCUGCGCACGGCACAGCCGCACAGAUUUGCUACAACACCGAUUCCCACACGGAAAAACUUCCCGGAAGUGACGGCUCCUCCGGAACUGAUUAGUUGUUAGUUUGUCCCGCCCGUACGCGUGCGCACUGUCAGCACGGAAGCACGCCAUGGAGGACCAAGAAGCGCUGGGGUUUGAACACAUGGGGCUGGAUCCCCGGCUCCUGCAGGCUGUCGCCGACUUGGGCUGGUCGCGACCGACGCUGAUCCAGGAGAAGGCCAUACCUCUGGCACUGGAGGGGAAGGACCUCCUGGCCCGCGCCCGCACAGGCUCCGGGAAGACGGCAGCUUAUGCUCUUCCGAUGCUGCAGUUGCUUCUGCACAAGAAGGCGACAGGUCCUGUAACGGAACAGGCUGUGAGAGGCCUUGUCCUUGUUCCUACUAAGGAGCUGGCCCGGCAGGCCCAGUCCAUGAUCCAGCAGCUGGCUGCUUACUGUGCCCGGGAUGUGCGAGUGGCUAAUGUCUCAGCUGCUGAAGACACAGCUUCUCAGAGAGCUAUGUUGAUGGAGAAGCCAGAUGUGGUGGUGGGGACUCCGUCCCGGAUAUUAAACCACUUGCAGCAGGACAGCUUGAAGCUCCGUGACUCCCUGGAGCUGCUGGUGGUAGACGAAGCUGACCUUCUUUUUUCCUUUGGCUUUGAAGACGAGCUCAAGAGUCUUCUCUGUCACUUGCCCCGGAUAUACCAGGCCUUCCUCAUGUCGGCCACUUUCAAUGAGGACGUACAAGCUCUGAAGGAGCUGGUGCUACAUAACCCGGUUACCCUCAAGUUGCAGGAGUCGCAGCUGCCGGGGCCAGACCAGCUGCAGCAGUUUCAGGUGGUCUGUGAAACUGAAGAAGACAAAUUCUUGCUGCUCUAUGCCCUGCUCAAGCUGUCACUGAUUCGGGGCAAAGCCUUGCUCUUUGUCAACAGUCUAGAGAGGGGUUACCGGCUCCGUCUUUUCCUGGAACAGUUCAGCAUCCCCUCCUGCGUGCUCAAUGGAGAACUCCCGCUGCGCUCCAGGUGCCACAUCAUCUCACAGUUCAACCAAGGCUUCUAUGAUUGUGUCAUAGCAACAGAUGCUGAAAUCCUGGGACCCCCGGUCAAAGGCAAGCGGCGAGGCCGAGGGUCCAAAGGAGACAAGGCCUCAGAUCCAGAGUCAGGUGUGGCCCGGGGCAUAGACUUCCACCACGUGUCUGCCGUACUCAACUUCGAUCUUCCUCCCACUCCAGAAGCCUACGUUCAUCGAGCUGGCAGGACAGCUCGAGCCAACAACCCAGGCAUAGUUCUGACCUUUGUGCUGCCCACGGAACAGUCUUCCUUGGGAAAGAUUGAGUCGCUUCUCAGUGGAGAGGGUGAGGCUCCCAUCCUGCUUCCCUACCAGUUCCACAUGGAGGAGAUCGAAAGCUUUCGCUAUCGCUGCAGGGAUGCCAUGCGCUCAGUGACCAAACAGGCCAUUCGAGAGGCGAGAUUGAAGGAGAUCAAGGAGGAGCUUCUGCACUCAGAGAAGCUCAAGACAUACUUUGAAGACAAUCCCAGGGACCUCCAGCUGCUACGCCAUGAUCUGCCCUUGCACCCUGCGGUGGUAAAACCUCAUCUGGGCAAUGUCCCUGACUACUUGGUUCCUGCUGCUCUUCGUGGCCUUGUGCAUCCUCGAAAGAAACGGAGAAAGCUGCCCCCCUGUAGGAAGGCUAAGAAGGUGAAGACCCAGAACCCACUGCGCGACUUCAGGCACAGGGGAAAGAAACCCAAACCCACAGCAAAGCCCUCCUGAGAUGGCCUGGGCCUGCGGACACUGAAUUGGCAUCCCGACCCGGAUGGAGUGAGUGGGCUUCCCACUCUGUGGGCACACUCUGGUGCUCACCGUCUGGACAGACCGUACUUUGAGGCAGCAGCCUUGGGCACCCCAUCUCCUUGGUACUGCUGGGCUGCCAUCCUGCUGCUUAACAGAAUAAAGAUUCUGGCUGCCCAGGCUGUGAGCCUCUGGCCUUUCGAAGAGACUGCUUUCCCAAGUCUCCAGAGUUAACAAACUUUUCAAAGGUGGUAUUGUCUGGCUUUGCUGCUGCAUGUAGUACCUCGAUUGGCCAGCAGAGGUCAGCGGUGGAAGCCAUGAGAAGCCUGUCCUGAUGCUGCUGGUCCAGUGUUGGGCCAAGGCUGACCCAGAGCCCUGUAUCUAGUUCCUGUAGCUCUGUUGAUCCAGAUCAGCUGAUAGAUGGGCUUGUGUUCCCAGGUCACGGCAUUCCUGACCACAAGCCCCUGGAUCUCACCAGCACAUUCAUGUUCACAUUCAGAGGGAAAAGUCACUGAUCCCUGGGAGCCAAGGCAGCCGGCUUCCCUUCCUGGAUGAAAGAUGUGUGAUAAUUCCUGUCUGUUUCAGUUACAUGAGUGGUAGUAUAAUGAAUGCACACUCAUGACACCUGUUUUAGGAUUUCUAUUGUGAAGAGACACAAUGACCACAGCAACUCUUAUAAAGGAAAGCAUGUAUUUGAGGUGGUUUUCAUCUGCAGAAGUUUAGUCCAUUAUCAUCAUGGUGGGACAUGGCUGUGAGCAGGCAGACAUAGUGCUGGAGGAGCUGAGAAUUAUUCACCGACAACCAGAAGUGAACUAUGACAUUGGGCGUAGCUUGAGCAUAGGAGACCUCAGAGCCCACCCCCACAAGGCCACACCUCCUAAUAGUGCCACUCCCAUGGGAGCCACUUUCUUUCAGACCACCACAACCGCCCUUCCUCCGUGUCCUAACAGCACUGGCUACAGCAGCACUCAGAGGAGGUGCUUCUCAGCUCGCCCAGCAUCCUGUGUGUCCCCUGUGCUACAGUGUCACUCUGUGGCUGUCUGCUUGUCGCUUGCCUGUUGGGCAUCAUUAGGCUAGGCUGUGGUGGGAGGAGACAAUGGGAGAAGAGUGUCAAAUCUAAGGUGAGGCUUUGGCUAUAGUUAGGGUGUGUGGUGGAAGUGACAGGAUCUGAGUUUGUGGUUUCUACAAAGCGACGGGAAUUGUCAGUGGGUGGAUCUGUAUUCCAGAGCCUCGAUGCCCACAGUGUUUGUACAGUCAUGUCCAGUUGAAGUGAGAAAAAGUCCUUAGAGCUGGAGACAAAGAACAACUCUGGGGGCUGGAAAGGUGAUUUCCUGGAUAGCAUGCUUGCUGUGCAAGUAGUGAGGGCCUGAGUGUGCGCCCUCAGCAUCCAUGUAAAAGCUGGGUAUGGCGGUCUGCAUCUGCAACUCUGUUGUGGGCCUUGUAGGCGGGGAGGGCAAUGAUCCUUGGAGCUUCUGGCUAGACAAUAGCUAAAACAGCAAGUUCUGAGUUCAGUGAAAGGCCUGAUCUCAAUAAGCUGGAAAGCAAUAGAGGAAGACUCUGGCCCCAACUUGUGGCCUCUGCAUGCAUAAUAGCAUGUACCAUCAUGCACAAAAAGCAACUCCUGCACUUUCCCAUCCUGUUUUGUUGACAACCCUGGACAGCUGAGUGCACUAAGUUGAAUGUUGUGUCCAUGCCUGUUCUUAACAGGAUAUAUUUUCCUGUGGCUUCUGUCUAUGACCCUGUCACUUUAGUUACCAUAGUGAGAACAUACGCACCAGAACCAAAUAAUAGAAAGAUUUCCCUAGUGAGAUUUUCUGGGGAGAUGAAGCUGGUACUCUGCUGUGUGACAUCAUCAAGGAGUGGGACCAGAGCUGUGGUGGAGAGCAUGGCAGCUGUUACAUGUAUGCUUUCCAACUUAGAAACCCUUGAGGAGGCUUAAAAGUGACUCAGUAGGAUUGGCAAAAUGGCCCAGCAGGUAAAGAUGGUUGCCAACAAGGUGCAUGAACCAAAUUCAAUCUCGAACCCACAUGGUGGAAGGAGAGCUGACUCCCACAUAUGUACCACAGCCUUUGUGACCCCUUCAUACAAAUAAAUUGAAAACUGAAGCAACCUGGCCCAGAUGAGGUCACACAGCAUGUGAAACUAGGUAGGGUUUGGAGGCUGGCCAGGCCAGCGGUACACGACCACAUGUCUUAGUUGUCUACUGCAGUAGCUGUUGUUCUUGGGACCUCUGUCACUACUCCAUCCUGUCCCACAAAGGGGAUGUAAGUGUAAGGUAAUCUGUUGCAGUUGCAAUAGGCCCAUCCCUUUGGGGAAUGAAAUGACUUAGGCUGUGGAGAAAACGUUCCCUGUGUUUUCUGAAUCUAUUUGGGAGAGUAUGUAGAGCUCACUGUCUUCGGUUACUGUUGCUGUGAUGAAACACCGUAACCAAAGUAACUCGAGCAGGAGAGAGUUUAGCUUACAGUUCAUCAUCAAAAGUAGUGAGGGCAGGAGCCUGGAGGCAGGAGUUGAUGCAGAGGCCAUGGAGGGGUGCUACUUAAUGGCUUAGCCUGCUUUCUAAUAGAACUCAGGACUACCAGCCCUAGGAUGGCACAACCAACAAUGGACUGUGCCCUCUCCCAUCAAUCACUAAGAAAAUGCCCUACAGUCAUGCCUACAGCCUGCUCACAAGGAGGCAUUUUCUUGAUUGAAGUUCCCUCUCGAAUGACUUCAGCUUCUGUCAAGUUGACAUAAAUAAAAUGCCCAAAUGACCUUGUCA